AUGACGUCAUCAGUUCAUGUGCAGUCUGAAGACUCCAACUUGACUAGAAAUAUCUGUGUGCACUGGGCAAACUUUAUAAGGGCCCAUACAGCGAGCCUGACCCCCAUCAAAGCGAGCCUGACCCCCAUCAAAGUGAGCCUGACCCCCGUGACCCCCAUCAAAGCGAGCCUGACCCCCAUCAAAGUGAGCCUGACCCCCAUCAAAGCGAGCCUGACCCCCAUCAAAGUGAGCCUGACCCCCGUGACCCCCAUCAAAGCGAGCCUGACCCCCAUCAAAGUGAGCCUGACCCCCAUCAAAGCGAGCCUGACCCCCAUCAAAGUGAGCCUGACCCCAUCAAAUGAGCCUGACCCCCCUGACCCCUAUCAAAGUGAGCCUGACCCCCAUCAAAGCGAGCCUGACCCCCACCAAAGCGAGCCUGACCCCCAUCAAAGCGAGCCUGACCCCCAUCAAAGCGAGCCUGACCCCUAUCAAAGCAAGCCUGACCCCCAUCAAAGUGAGCCUGACCCCCCUGACCCCCAACAAAGUGAGCAUAACCCCCCUGACCCCCAUCAAAGUGAGCCUGACCCCCAUCAAAGUGAGCCUGACCCCCCUGACCCCCAUCAAAGUGAGCCUGACCCCCCUGACCCUCAUCAAAGUGAGCCUGACCCCCCUGACCCCCAUCAAAGUGAGCCUGACCCCCAUCAAAGUGAGCCUGACCCCCCUGACCCCCAUCAAAGUGAGCCUGAACCCCUGACCCCCAUCAAAGUGAGCCUGACCCCCAUCAAAGUGAGCCUGACCCCCCUGACCCCCAUCAAAGUGAGCCUGACCCCCCUGACCCCCAUCAAAGUGAGCCUGACCCCCCUGACCCCCAUCAAAGUGAGCCUGACCCCCAUCAAAGUGAGAAUGGCUUGGAGCUGA